AUGGCGCCCAGUACCGUUGGCCCUCAGAUCUUUGACGAUGCCAAUCGUCCACCCGCCCGAUCCUCUGUUUUCCGGGCCAUCAUGUCCAAGCCUCAUAAGCGAAACCAGUCGGCCGAUGAUGCCAUGGCCACGUCCCUCCCGAACAAGCCACCGACUUCUGUGCCUUUUCCCUGGACAGAAGGCCCCGCGCCAGGCCCCGGUCACCUCCCGUUGGGUGAAAUCGUCCCAAAUCGCGACGCCGGAGACAAUGGCAUGCCCGCCCACAAGGGGGGAAACAAGGGGAGCAAAACUACUCUGCACAAGAAGACGAAAAGCGCCGUAUCUCUCAAGUCUUUGAGAAGCUACAUGGGAAAAGACUCCAAAUCAGACGAAGCCAACAGUGUGGCAUCAGACGAAAUGUUACCCAAGAAGACCAAGUCGACUAACAGCCUGUCCGCGAUCCUCAAGCGAUCCCAGCGGGGACGCAAAGGCGACGGCUCGAAGCAGAGCCGUGACAAAGAAAACCGCAGCCCUACCGAACUCGUCGACAACAUGCCCUCCCCAGUGCCAUCUCCAGUUUGGCCGCAAUCAGCCUCACUCUACAAUGACUCUGUGACGCGCUCCCGACAGAAUUCGAACGCAGACAAACGCCGGAGUGUGGCCGACGAAGUCUCCCUGUAUACACCAAAGGGAUACGGCCCAGCCCAACAACGUAACUUCUAUGACUUCCAUCAGCCUUCUCUCGUCCGAACAAAUGAAGGCAAGCCUCGACCGAAGUCGGAUUGCUUGCAAGGCAACCGGAAGGUGAAGGAAUACUUGGGCCCUCUGCAGCGCGAACAGUCGCGGGAGGGGUACGCUAUGGAGAAGGUGGACACGACCUCUUCUAGAGGGCAUCGACUCGAAAGGUCUCGGAAGAUGUCCGCUCCAGAGUCUCCUGGUUCGCGAACUCCGCAGGAGCAGUCCAGUCCUAAGAAGCUGUCUCGUGUCCAGGCUGCGAUCUCAGCAUUCAACGCCAAAGAGCGAGAUGCCGAUGUGCAGAAGCAUUUGGACUCUAAGGAUCUUGAGAGUGAAUUUGAGAAGCUACUGGAUGCACGAAACAUUCCCCAUAACAUGCGGGACAAGAUGCGGUCUCUCGAUACCAACAUCAAGGCCGACUUUAUUCAGAAGGAUCGAACUGAGAAUGGCACUCCCCACAGCGCAAGUACCUCUGAAAGUCGCCGAGGUCGUGGCCAGGAGGCCAAGGACUCCCAGGACCGCAAAAGCUCUCGAUCGCGGUCUCGAAGCCGUGGUUUUACCUUUGGCCGAGGCUCUUCUUCUCCUGGUAAGAAAGCUCGACCGGAGAGUGGCAGUAGCUUCCAUCGCCCCAAGUCGGUUGAUCUCUCCCAGCCCGUGGGUGUCUACACGACCCUAUCAGCUGCUGGGUCGACAGCGUCUCUCACCGAUGCUGCGGCUGUAGAUACAGCUGCUGACCCAUCUGACUUUGUGCACUAUCUGCGGGAGAUCCAAAAACCGGAAAUGGUGGAAGUUGGAAAGAUUCACAAACUCCGCCUACUCCUCCGUAACGAGACGGUAGCGUGGGUCAACGGGUUCAUCAUGGAAGGUGGAAUGGAUGAGAUAGUCCAGCUCAUCUAUCGCAUCAUGAAGAUGGAGUGGCGUGAGGACCAUGAGGAUACUCUCCUCCACGAAGCACUGCUUUGCCUGAAAGCCCUUUGCACCACAUCUAUCGCAUUGUCGCAUCUCACCAGCAUCGAAGGAGAGUUGUUCCCCUCUUUGCUGAAGAUGCUGUUCGAUGAGGAAAAGAAGGGUCCGAGUGAGUUCACUACUCGAGGAAUCAUCAUCAACCUCUUGUUCACUCAACUCUCUUCCACCGCGCCAGGCGAGAUGCCCGGCAACCGUGCUCGACGUAUCCUUUCUUACCUGCGAGACCCGUCUCCAGAAGAUGAGAAACAGCCUGUUUCAUUCAUCGCCAAUAUAUACCAGACACGUCCUUACCGAGUGUGGUGCAAAGAAGUCAGCAACGUGACGAAGGAGGUAUUCUGGAUCUUCCUGCAUCACCUGAAUGUGAUUCCUCUGCCCAAAUCGGGCUCCGGCUCCACAAUGGAGGAUCCCUUCACGGAAAAGAAGACGGAGCCAGACUCGAGCUCAUACUAUACUCGACACUUCCCGCCGCCUCGCCCGCCUGUUCCUGCCGCUCCAUACGUCGGGGGCGUUGAAUGGGACGCAACAAACUACCUGGCUGCGCACCUGGACCUCCUGAACGGCCUGAUUGCCUCCCUUCCCACGAUCGAUGAGCGCAACCAGGUUCGCGGAGAGCUGCGCGCCUCUGGCUUCGAGAAGGUCAUGGGUGGCAGCUUGCGCACCUGCAAAGAGAAAUUCUACUCUUCUGUACAUGAGUGCCUUCGCACCUGGGUUGCUGCUGCUGUUGAAGAUGGAUGGCCCUAUAUUGCCGUCCGGGAAGGCCCGCCUCGCGCUGGUGAGCCUGGCUCGCCAACCAAAUCCCCCAAGAAGGCCCCUGGCAGUCCCAAGAAGGGCAUCUUGGAGGAGAAGCCACCAAAGCUGGAGCUUGCACUUGAUCUUCCAGAAAGCCGACCAUCCGCCGGCCUCGGAACCCCCUCAAGUGACUUGCGCAGCUGGCUUUAA